AUGAAUCCAAGAACGCCACAUUUAUGCGAUAUCACGAAUAAUACUUUUGGUAACAAUACUACGAUCCAUCAAGGCGAUAUCCACAACCACGACGGCCACGCGCGUGGUCAGGCAGACCCUUGCUUAGCAGACUUACGAAUCACCGAUCCCCGCGAUGACAAGACGCGCAUCGAAGAAACUAAAGGCGGCCUACUUAAGGACUCAUACCGCUGGAUCCUCGACCAUGCCGACUUCCAGAUGUGGCAAAACGAUCCACAGUGUCGGCUACUCUGGAUUAAAGGGGACCCUGGUAAGGGAAAGACCAUGCUGCUCUGCGGUAUUAUCAAUGAACUAGAGAAGCUUGCAGCAUAUCGCCUAUCAUACUUCUUUUGCCAGGCCACUGAAACAAGACAAAGAAGUGCGACGGCUGUGCUGCGUGGGCUUAUCUACGGUCUUGUUAUUCAACAACCAUCGCUUAUCUCUCAUGUGCGAGAAAAAUACGAUCACGCAGGCAAACAGCUAUUUGAAGAUAUAAACGCCUGGACAGCUCUAUCUAAGAUCUUAAAGGCAAUACUUAAUGAUCCCUGUCUUAAAGAUGUGGUCUUGAUCAUUGACGCGCUCGAUGAGUGCAUAGAAGAACUUCCACGCCUUCUUAACCUUUUGAGAGAGACUUCCUGUCGUAACUGGCCUGUCAUUGAGGAUAGACUCAAAAAUGCUGAGCAGAAGAUCAGUCUAUGUCUCGAGCUGAAUGAGGAUUCCAUAUCCGCAGCUGUUCAAACUUAUAUUCAUUAUAAGGUGAAUCUUCUAGCGGAAGAGAACAGCUAUAAAAAUAAGAUACGAGAAGAGACCGAGCGCUACUUACUUUCUAACGCCAAUGAUACCUUUCUUUGGGUGGCCUUAGUGUGUCAGAAUCUCAACAAUGUCGGUAGCCGGAAGGUACAGAAAAAGCUGAAAACUUACCCACCUGGUCUUAAUUCUCUUUAUGAGCGGAUGCUAGACCAGAUACUCAAAUUAGACGACGACGACGAUGUGUGUCUCUGCAGAAACGUCCUUGCUAUAGUAUCGACAGUCUACCGGCCAGUUACCUUGCAUGAACUUCAUUCUCUUAUUGGAAGUCCUGAGGAGUUUUCAGAAGACAUCUCGUUAUUUGCAGAGAUAAUACGUCUCUGCGGCUCUUUUCUUACCAUUCGUGGUGAUACAAUCUACUUUAUCCAUCAAUCAGCGAAAGAUCAUUUGACUACAGAUGAAGCCUGGUCAACUAUCUCUCCUUCUAGCGCAAACGAUAUUCAUUACACUAUAUUUUCUCAAUCGCUUCAAUCUAUGAAUGCCACGUUACGACGUGAUAUCUACUGCUUGGGAACUCCCGGAUACCCUAUCAGCCACGUCCAACAACCCAAUCCAGAUCCCCUGAUCGCCGUACGGUACUCAUGCGUGUAUUGGAUUGACCAUCUCUGCGACUACAACAUUGGCGAUCAUAUUAAGGGUGCUCUCCAAGAGGGAGGCUUAGUUGAUGUAUUCCUGCGUUAUUAUUUUCUCCACUGGUUGGAGGCAUUAAGUCUUCUGCAAAGCAUGUCAGAAGGCACCCUUGGCAUAGCAAAGCUUACAAACCUACUUGCAGAACAAACGCCUGGGAGCCAAGUAUUAAGCUUGGUACAAGAUGCCAGAAGAUUUACUCUUCGAAAUAAAUGGGUGAUUGAAUCUACGCCGCUGCAAGUAUAUGCGUCUGCUCUUAUCUUUAGCCCUCUACAGAGUAAAAUUAGAAAAAUAUUCAAGGAUGAAGAGCCGUCAUGGAUGUUAAUAAAGCCAGCUGUGGAAGCAGGCUGGGAUGCCUGUCUGCAGACUCUAGAGGGCCAUAAAGACUUGGUAGGAUCGGUGGUCUUCUCACCGGAUGGCCAGCGGCUCGUCUCAGCUUCAGACGAUAAAACAGUCAGAGUAUGGGAUGCAAACUCAGGCGCCUGUCUGCAGACUCUAGAGGGCCAUAAAGACUUGGUAAGAUCGGUGGUCUUCUCACCGGAUGGCCAGCGGCUUGCCUCAGCGUCAUACGAUAACACAGUUAGAGUAUGGGAUGCAAACUCGGGCGCCUGUCUGCAGACUCUAGAGGGCCAUGAAGGCUCGGUAACUUCGGUGGCCUUCUCACCUGAUGGCCACUAUGGCCACUAUGGCAUAAGCUCUGACAAAACAUGGAUUACAAAAGAUAACAAGCCUCUGGUUUGGCUGCCUGUAGAGUAUCGACCAACUGCAUCAGCUGUGUUUGGAGCUACAGUUAUUAUCGGGUGUAGUUCAGGUCGGGUAUUAGUAAUGGGGUUUUCUAUAGACUAG